AUGAUAAAAUAAACCUUAAAAUAUGGUUAAGUAGUCAGAAUUCAUUUAAAUAGCUAAGAAGACAGAAAUAAUUUAAAUAGCAAAGUAGUCAGAAUUCAUUUAAAUAGCGAAGAAGCCAGAAAUAAUUUAAAUAGCGAAGUAGAAAAAAAUAAUUUAAAUGACUAAUAGGAAAAUGGUAUAAUUAUUGCUAAAGGGUAUAAUUAAUCCCUCAAUUUUAUUUAGAUUCCUUGAUCCAAAUGCUUAUUACAUGUAGAUUGACGAUCUUAGAAAGGCUAAUAAUUUUAGAGAUUCACUUUUUACAAUACUUCCUCGAGGUACUUUUGAAUUACAUGAUGAAUAUUUGAAAGAAAAAAAAAUUCAAAAUUUAUCUGAUUUGAAAAGUAGAAUAUAAAAUCUAGAUACUUUGGAUUUUAAAGUAUAAACUCUUGAGGCUUUGGAAAGUAGAGUAUAAACUCGAGAUGAUUUGAAAAGUAGGGUUAAAGCUUUAGACGAUAAGAAAAGUAGAGCAUAAACUGAAGCUUCAUAAUAUUACACAACAAUACAAUCACGAAUAAAUGAGGAAAUAUUAUUUGGAGCAGAAGUGGUCUUUAAGCAUUAAGAUUCAUAAAGAUAUUUAUUUGGAUCUUAUGUAUGUUCUGAAGUUGCUAUGGAUUCUUUUAAAUUGAAAUUAUCUCCAUAAUUAAGUUCUCUUACUAUUUUCAAAUUAGCUCCUUAUUAAACAUAUUAAAAAGAAGGUUAAAUCAUACAAAUUGAAGAACCAUUAAUUAUUGUUCAUGAGAAAACACAAUGUAAAUUAGAUUUUAAAAAAUGUCCUAUGUUUUUGGAUGAAAUGAUAAAAAAUGAUAAAGAUUUAAAAGCUUCUCAAACUGAAUCCUUUAAUGAAAAAAUAUUAAAAAAACCAAUUAAUAUUAGAGGUGAAGCAGUAAUUUCUUUAAAUAGUGAUAGAUAAUGGAAAUUUCAAUAACAUGAACAGAAUGGUAAAUUUAUUCCAAAUGAACUGUGUUUUUUCAUUUAUUCAUAAGAUGGAUCAUAUUUAACUUCAGAUGGUUCAAGAUUAAUACUUUAAGAAUACAAAGAUAAUGAAUAUAUUCCUCUUGAUUGUGUUUGGGAGUUACAAUUUUAUGAAAAUAAAUAUGUAAUUAGAUCUUAAAUUUCAGGUUCUGUUAUCACUUAUAUUGAAUAAAAAGACUCUACCUCUUCAGCUUCUAUUUAAGAAUAUAAAAUGCAAGAUGAAUAACAUUUAUAAAUACAACCUGCUAAAUCAGGAAAUAAUGAAAUAUCAUUCAAUAUGUUUGUUAAAAUUAAAUUCAAAGAUAAAGAAUUACAAAAACUUGAUAGUCAAAGAAGCAAAACCAAAAAGUUAACCAUUACUGAAUCUAAAGUUGAAGAAUUUUACAAAUAAUUAGGCCAAGAAGAUUUAGAUUAUGUUUAAUAUAAUGUAGGUUUCUCAUCAAAAAAUUCUGUUCAUGGAUUUUAAAUUAAAAGGCUUAAUGAAGAUUUAAAAAAAGAUUUACUUUUAAUAACAUCAUCUCAUGAAAUACUUAAAUAAUUUAUAGAUUCUUUAUAAUCAGAAAAAUGUGAAUCUAUUAUUAAUGAAAAGAUCUUAACUCAAGUUCUUAAAGUUAUUUAAAAAUUGAUUGCUUAUCUAUUAAAUUGUGAAAAAAACGAUAUUGAUGAGUGUGAAAAUUUACCUAUUCCUUCUCGAUAGUUAUUUAUGAAGGAUUUAAAAAUGGUUGAAAUAAUUUUUUAAAUAAUAUUUUAUUUUUGGCAUAAACCUAAAAAUUUAUUCGAACAUAAGAAUUAUGAGAAAGAAAAACUAAGAAAAAUUUGGAUACACUCUUAUAAAUUAAUUGAAAAAAUGGCUCGUAAUAAUUCACCAGUCAAAUUAUAUAUAUCAUAAUGGCUAAAAUUUUUCUUAGUACAAGCUAUUGAAAUAGAUGAUGAAUAAAUUUAAGUUACAUUAACAGAACUAUUAAAUGAUAAUUAUUAUUCAAUCGACAAAUUUAUCUAAAAAAAAACUUUAAACUAAUUGGUUAACACCCUUAUAAAUACCAAAAAUAAUAAUAAUGAUGUUUAAAAAAAACAUUUAAGAAUUUUCAGUUCUAUCAUUAUUUGUGAAGGAAAACCCAUUACCAAAAAUUAAAAUAAACUUCUUAAAAAUUUUUUUAAACCUUAAAAUUCUGAUAAAAAAUGUUACUAGUUUAAAUUCUUAUUCAGAUAAAAAGAUCAAAAAAUUCAAGUUUAACAUUUAAAUUAAUAAUGGCUCACCCUAAAAGAAUUUUUUGAGAACAGUAAAAAUGAGGAGCUUUAAACUUGGAAUUACUUUCUUGCAUAUAUUAAUCUAUUAUCAGAUAUUUGUCAAAAUAGAAACAUAUAAGCAACUGAUUAUGUUAAUGAAAAUUAUUAAUUAUCUAUUUUAUGUUCAAUAUUAGAAGAUCCUGAAACAGAGCAAAUUAAUGCUAUAGAUCCUUUUUUAAAAUUAAUUCAUUCUGCUUUUAUUGAUUGUUCAAUAUUUGCACCAAUUAGACGUAUUGCUAGGGUUAGAGAAUGGAAAAUAAUUGAAAAAAAGACAAAUAUUAUUGUAACUAAAGCUAAACUUAGCGAAGAUUAAAAAAAAGAUUAUUAAACAGUUUUAAAUUUUAUGGAAAAGUUUAUUAUUAUUAAAGAUUUUAAAGAAGGGGAAAAAACUAAAUAAAGUUAGUACUUUUAAACUUUAUAUACAGUUCUAUAAGUUCUUAAAACUACUAUUCGUUAAGGCUAAUGGAGUACAAUUGAAGAUUUAAAAAACAAAUUAUUGGAACCAUUAUUUAAAAUUAUUACUUUUUAAUAAAUCUAAUCUGAAUAAAAAGAUUAGCCAUUGAAUAAUAAUGAAAAAAACUUAAUUUAAAUUUAACUCUCACAAAAUCUUUAUUAAUAACCUCGUAAAAAGAGAUUGAUUGAAACAAAUACAGAAAAUAUAAUUAUUUUAAAAUGUAAGUAAAUGUCUUGUGAGAUUUUGGAUAUAAUCAUUGACAUGGAAACUAAUGUUAGAGUUAGUAUCAGUACUAAACAUUUGAAGGAUAUGUUUGAAGGUAAAGGUGAGUUUAAAGAUGAAUAUAAAGGUAUAUAUAAAGAUGAAGAUUAAAUUUAAGAUAAAAGUAUGUUUACAGAUGAAGAUUAAAAAAAUAAUAAUUUUGAUAUAAAAUCCACUUAAAUAUUAAAAGAAGAUGAAAUACCAUAGUAAAUGAAAAAUAAAAUUCCAAGAAAAAAUGUAAAAGCUAUGAAUGAUAAUACAAUUUAAAAAUGGAAAUCAAUAUUCAAAAAUUUAAUAGAGAAAAGAGAUUUAUUUAAAAAUUUUUUGUAAGAUAUUAUUUCAAAUUUUGCAGAAUUAUCUAAAUAUGAUAAUGAAAUUCUUUAAACUUAUUCAAUUAAACUUUUAAAGAGAAUAUAUGGGUAUAGAACAGAAUUAAUUGAAAACUUUGAUAAAACCCUAAUAGUAAAUACAGGUUUUACUUAUAAACUUUCAGUAAUGAGUAGAACAACAAGAAGAAAAUUACUUUCUUUUAAUGAUUUUAAUAUAGUUAAACUUAAUCUUGAAAAAUAAAGUGAGUACAAUAUUUAUUUAUGGGUUGAAACGAAAGAUUUCGAAAAAGCAGGAGUUAUAUAGGAUUUAUGUUGGCUUAUUGAAUGUUUAAAAUCAGGAGAUGAAGUACCUUAAGAUAAAGUUAAAAUCUCUUAUGAUGCAUUAUAUGCUGAAAAUAGCUUGUAAUAAGUAUACACAGAAAAAGAAUAAAACUUCAAAUUACAUUAAAGUUUAAUUAAAUGUUAAGAUUUGCAUGAAAAUAUUUUGGUAUUUAUUAACAUUGCUUCUUCCAAAAUGGUCAAUGAAAAUUCAGAAGUUUAAAAAAAUAAACUAAUUAUGAAAACUUUGUAUGUUUGUUUUUAAUUCCUUACUAUGUUACUUUGGAAUCAUCAUGAAAAUAAAUAAGAUUUAGAUUUUAUUCGAAUAAUUCCAAAUUUGAAUUAAUAUCUUAAAUACAAUCUCUAUUGCAUUUAAUUCUUAAGAGAAUUAUUUUAGAAUAACAAAGUAUUAUUAUUCAAUGAGUCUAAAAUAUCUUAGAUAAUUAAUGAAGUUGUUAUAUAAUGUAACGAAUUAAACUAUGAUUAGUAUUAUAAAUCUUAAUUAAUUGAUUUUCUUCGAGUUUUGACAAUUUAUAAUAAUAAAUCCAUUAAAAUUAAUUAGAAUUUAAUUAUGGCUGCAAUGUAAAACAAAAAUUAUAAAAAAAUAAUGAUUUUAUUUGAUAGUAAUGAUUCAUUAUUUGUUGAAAUUGAAAAAUUAAUUGAUGAUUAUCAAAAAUCAUAUUUUAAAGUUUUAAAAAAAAGUAACAAAAAGGAUGAAAAUUUAUAUAUUAACAUAAAUUCAAAAUUAACAUACCUUUUUAAUUAUUUUUAAAUACUAGUAUUACUUAUAUCCAAUAAAAAUGAAAUAAAUUUAGGUAAGUGUAAAUAAAUGCAUUCUCAUUUAUAUUUGAUAAAACUCUACUAAUAAACAGGUUAAUGUUGGCCAUUGAAAUUAUAUUUAAGAGCAUAUAUUAAUAAGCUAUAUUAUGAGAAUAAAAAAGAUUUUAUUGGAAUUCAUUAAAAUCUUAUAGAGAUUGAUUUAGAAAACAUUUUGAAUGAUUUAAAAGAUAUACUUGAAUUAAGAGAGUCAGGAUGUGAUUAUUAAAAAAUAAAACUGAAAAAUCCUACUAGGUUUUCUUAUUUAUGUUCAUAUUUUUAUAUGAGUUUGGAGGAAAACUUAAAGUCUUUAAAUUCCAUUUUUGAUACAUCAUAAAUUUGUGAAUCAUUAUUAUUUUUUGAUGAAUUAGAAGAUAUAUUGAAAUUAAAUUUAGAAGAUUCGUUGAAAAUAGAUUUAGAAGAUACAUCGAAAUAAAAUUUAAGAAAAUAACCACUAAAAUUACAUUGUGUAUUAUUAGAGUUUGGAAAUGUUUUAUUAAAAAUUAAGCAGUCGUGGUAAUCUGAAAUGAUUACAAAUUUAAUUAAAGUUCCUAUGGAUGUAUUUUGCAAAAUUUAUCGAACUUUUGAUUUACAUAUAUUAAUAUUAAGAGAUGUAUUAUCAAAUCCAAAGCUGUUUACGAACGUAUUCAUUGAAACCAAAUGUAUACAGAAAAAGUAUUUAAAUGGCAAUGAAAUUAUUUAAAAAGAUUUUAAUUAAACUUCUUAAAUCGAUUACUAAAAUAUUUUAUCUUAAAAAUAUUAAGAGUUGUAAUAAAAAUGGGUUAAGAAAUAUGGUAAGUAGUAAGACCCAUUGAAUUCUAAUUAUAUUGAUGAAUUGAGAGAGAUUUUAUUAGAUGAAGUAUAUGAUUCUGUCAAUAUCGAUAAUAAUUAAAUAAAAAAAUAUAAAAAGAAAAAAUUAGAGAGAGAAUAUAAAGAUGAAACAAAAAUAAAUAUGGAAUUAAAUUAAAGAUUUCGAAAUUUAAUGGAGAUUUUUUUGACAGAUAACACAAUCAGAGUUUUUUAAGAGGAAGAAUUUGAUUCUUUUUGUAAUGGUUUAGAAUAAAUAAAAUAUUCAGAUAAAUUAUCACCCCCUACAAUAACUUUAAAAGAAUUUAUUUAAAAUAUUAUUCAUUUAAAUCUAAAUCAUUAUGAUACUUUAAGUUAAGAUAUUUAAAUUUUUUUUUUAAAAGCAUUAGAAAAAAUUAUAAGAAAAAGUGAAAAUAAAGAUAAUUUAGAACUACAUAAUAAAAUUGUCAAAUAAUAAUAAAACUUUUUAUUAGAAUGUGGUGCUGCUGAAUUGAUUUGUAAAUUACUUCGCAUUCCUAAUCUAGAAUUAAGAUAAGCAUUAACAAAUUCAUUAAUAUCGUUUGGAAAUGCUUUUCUAGAAAGAGGAAAUACAAAAUGUUAGAAUGAAAUAUAUUAGAAAUUAUUGAAUGAUUCAAAGAAUAAAAUUUUGAUAAAUUAUAGAUAAUUAAUUAGAAGAGUAAGUAGAGCUGUUUAUAAUAAUUUUAAAUUUCGAAAAAGCAAACCAUAGGAAGUUUUUUUGAAUAUUGGAUUAUGUGAUAAUUAUGAUUUUUAUGAUGAUGAAACUUCAACAAUAUCUAGGUUAAAUCCUACACAAGAAGAUGAUAUAAAAGAAGAGAAUAUCAAAGAAGAAUUUAAAAAUUUGUUAAAUAAAUCCUUUAGAUUUUUGUAAUUGUUAUGUGAAAAUAAUAAUGUUAAAAUGAAAAACUUUAUAAGACAAUAAAUAGAAACAGAUCUUAAUCCUAAAAUAGGAUCAAUAAAUUUUAUAGAACUUGCAACUUCAUAAUUAAGAGUAUUCUGUAAAGCAUUCAAUUCAAAAAUAAGUGAAAUACCAAUUUAUAUAUUGGAUUUUAUAUUAGAAGUAGUUCAGGUACCUUGUCUUGAAAAUUAAAUAACUCUAUGCAAGACAACAUUUUUUGAAGAUGUUUGUUAUUUGGUUUAAUAAUUAAGCAUAGAAAAAAAUCAGGAAUAACGAGGUUUAAAAGAUUCAGGAAUGCAAUCAUUAUUUAACAUUUAUAAUAAAAUCAUCAUAAUUAUAAUGAGUGUUUUAGAAGGAAAUGAUGAAAGAAUAUAAGAAGAUUUACAAAAAAAAAUUGAUCCGAAAUUUCUUAUUGAAAUUUUCAAAUAAUAUCUUUAGAAUCAUAAUCCAUAAAUAUAAAGAAAAGAAGAUAUGGUAAAAGCACUAGAAGAAUAAUCAUUAUCAAAAACUUAAAACUAAGAAGCAAAAUAAAGUUAUGAGGAUAAAUAAAUUUAAAAGAAAAAUGAUGAUAUUACAGAAAAAAUUCUUAAUGUCUUGAUUAUUAAAGAAAAAAUUAAAUUUAAAAAUUUCUAAUUUGAUGAAAGUAGUAUUUACAUUCAAGAUAUAAUGAAAUUUUUAGAAACUAAAAUUUUGAAAAUAGAAAUAAUUUAUGAUAAUAAACCUUAAACAAUUUUAUUUCCAUCGCAUCCAUUAUUUACAUUUUUAUCAGGUGAGACAAGAGAUAUGAUAAUGUAUAAUGUGAAUAGAGAUACUUAAAGAGAUAAAAUAAAUGGAUUGCUAGAAUACAGAAAUUAAAUAUAUCAAGAACUUUAAUAUAAUUACGAACUAAGCAAAAGAGAAUUCUUACCAAUCACAUCAUAAAUAAUUUAAGUAUUAAGAUAUCUGUCAGCCUUGUUUUCUAUCUCAGUUAAUAUCUUAAUGAUACUUUUUUAUAAUAUGGAAAUAUUAAACUUUAAAGUUUUUUUAAUGGCAGAAUUUCAUGAAUAGUUGAUCAUAAAUGUGCUUUCAUUUUGUUAGUUAUUAACUACUUUAAUUUACUAUAUUUGCUAUCUAAAUUAUAGAAUACCUAUAUGUAUUGAUAAAUAUAAACCUUUGAACAAUAAUUCAGAUGAUUAAAUUAAUCAUGAAGAAUCAGAUGAUUCAGAUGAUGAAUAAAAUAACGGACUUGUUGAAGUUUAAGAUUUAAUCAAUUAAAANUAUAUUGGAUUUUAUAUUAGAAGUAGUUCAGGUACCUUGUCUUGAAAAUUAAAUAACUCUAUGCAAGACAACAUUUUUUGAAGAUGUUUGUUAUUUGGUUUAAUAAUUAAGCAUAGAAAAAAAUCAGGAAUAACGAGGUUUAAAAGAUUCAGGAAUGCAAUCAUUAUUUAACAUUUAUAAUAAAAUCAUCAUAAUUAUAAUGAGUGUUUUAGAAGGAAAUGAUGAAAGAAUAUAAGAAGAUUUACAAAAAAAAAUUGAUCCGAAAUUUCUUAUUGAAAUUUUCAAAUAAUAUCUUUAGAAUCAUAAUCCAUAAAUAUAAAGAAAAGAAGAUAUGGUAAAAGCACUAGAAGAAUAAUCAUUAUCAAAAACUUAAAACUAAGAAGCAAAAUAAAGUUAUGAGGAUAAAUAAAUUUAAAAGAAAAAUGAUGAUAUUACAGAAAAAAUUCUUAAUGUCUUGAUUAUUAAAGAAAAAAUUAAAUUUAAAAAUUUCUAAUUUGAUGAAAGUAGUAUUUACAUUCAAGAUAUAAUGAAAUUUUUAGAAACUAAAAUUUUGAAAAUAGAAAUAAUUUAUGAUAAUAAACCUUAAACAAUUUUAUUUCCAUCGCAUCCAUUAUUUACAUUUUUAUCAGGUGAGACAAGAGAUAUGAUAAUGUAUAAUGUGAAUAGAGAUACUUAAAGAGAUAAAAUAAAUGGAUUGCUAGAAUACAGAAAUUAAAUAUAUCAAGAACUUUAAUAUAAUUACGAACUAAGCAAAAGAGAAUUCUUACCAAUCACAUCAUAAAUAAUUUAAGUAUUAAGAUAUCUGUCAGCCUUGUUUUCUAUCUCAGUUAAUAUCUUAAUGAUACUUUUUUAUAAUAUGGAAAUAUUAAACUUUAAAGUUUUUUUAAUGGCAGAAUUUCAUGAAUAGUUGAUCAUAAAUGUGCUUUCAUUUUGUUAGUUAUUAACUACUUUAAUUUACUAUAUUUGCUAUCUAAAUUAUAGAAUACCUAUAUGUAUUGAUAAAUAUAAACCUUUGAACAAUAAUUCAGAUGAUUAAAUUAAUCAUGAAGAAUCAGAUGAUUCAGAUGAUGAAUAAAAUAACGGACUUGUUGAAGUUUAAGAUUUAAUCAAUUAAAAAGAUCAGAAUAAACAAAAGAAUGAAUCGAAAAUUUAAUAAUUUUCUCAUACUUUAAGAUAUAUCUUAGAUUCUGCAAAGAAAAUUAAUUAAUAAAAUGAUGAUUUUAUAUAAAUAACUUUUUAUUUAGUGUUUUCAAUACUUGGAACAUUUUAUAAAAGUUAUUUUUUUUCUUUACAUUUGUUUGAUUUAAUCAGUAGAUUAACUUUAUUAAAUAAUGUAUUCUAAGCUAUAUCUCAUAAUGCUAAGCAAUUAAUAGUUGUUUCAUUAUUAGGUGUUUUAUUUAUUUAUGUAUUUUCGUUUACAUCAUUUGAUCAGUAUGCAGAUGAUAUAUAUACUGAAAAAUAACCUCAAGAACAUUGUGAAACAUUAAUUUCAUGCAUGAUUACAUUGAUUACAAGUGGAGUUAUUGGUACUUCAAUGUCAAAAUGGGAUUUUGUAAAAUUUUGUUAUGAUACUUUGUAUUUUGUAUUUUUUGCUUUGCUAUUUACAAAUAUCAUCUCAGGUAUUAUGAUUGAUACUUUUGCAGAAUUAAGAGAUUAGAGAUAAAAGAUUGAUGAUGAUAAAAAAAAUUGCUGUUUUAUUUGUGGAGUUAAAAGGGCACAAUUAGAAAAGAAUCUUGAAGAAUUUGAAUAGCAUGUUAAAGAUAAACAUUUCUUAUGGAAUUAUAUUUAUUAUAUUUAUUGUUUAAAGUUAAAAGAAACCACUGAUUAUACUGGUUUGGAAUAUGCUAUCAGUGAAAUGAUCAGAAAAGAUAAUAUAUCUUGGUAUUGCUGAUAUUUAUGAUAGGUUUCCAAUUUAAAUUGAACAAGAUGCUAAUCAAGAUAAAGAAAUAGAUGGUAGAAUAGCUUAGCUGGAAGGAGAAAUGAAAGAAAAAGAUUAUAGGAUUACUUAAUUAGAAUAAGAUGUCAACAAUAAAUUAAAUAUAAUUAAUAAUAUUCUAACAUCAUAACUAGAAAAAGAGAUCCCCUCUAAACUUGAAAACUUAAAUUUUCUAAUAAGUUAAAUUUAAUCAUCAGUUAAAGGUAAUUGAAUUUGUUUGUAUGAAAUUUAAUAUUUUUAUAUAUGUAGAAAAUGUCUUAAUAACCAAUAUUAAAACAGGUUUCUAUGAAUCAUAAUCACACAAAUUUUGAAUCAGAAACAUCAGAUGUUGAAAGAACCACAAGCUUCGAAUCUAGUUAAUUAGGCAGAAUUAUAGAUAUUUCAUCAUAUCGUAGAACUUCCACUUCUUCAAAAGGAGACAAUAAUUAAAGUCCAAGAUAAUAAAGAAGAAAUUCCUUUGUCACUUUUGAAUCUAAUAACACUUCAACCUCACUCAGUCAAAUUAAAUUCAUUAAUGAGUAAUUUAUUAACCAAACUAUUAGUCCUUUUUAAUAUUUAAAAAUGAAUGAUUUAUAAAAAAGGGUUUGGAAAGCUUUAUCUAAAUGUACAAAUACAUAAUUAGUACAUAUUUACAAUUAUUUAGGAAUCAGUUUUUUUGAUUGACAUCAUUGUUUUGCAUAAUGAUACAGAAUUUGAAUUUAAGUUUGACCUUUCCCAAUUGUCAUGUUUUAUGACUAUUAAAGAACUGAGAGAAUAAAUUAAUAUUAUAUUUUCUGAAUAAAAGAAUCAAAGUAACCAAUUUUAUUUAAAAUAAGAAAUAUAGGACCCAUAAUUAUAUAUAUUGAUUGGUGUUAUUAAAACUUAAAAAUUGGAUGGAGACAUAAGAUUAUUUGAAUUACUAAAUAUCUUACUUUAUGGAAAAAAAACAUUGAUUUUGUAAUCCUCUUGUCAUAAUUGCUGA